AUGGACGAUGCCAAGGCGGCAAAUGAGCACGAGCACUCCUUGACUGUGAGGCAGGCCAUCAAGUCUUAUCCUGGAGCCAUCUUCUGGUCUCUUGUUGUUUCCAUGUCCAUCAUUAUGGAAGGGUACGAUACCAUCCUCAUUGGCUCACUGUGCGCUUAUCCAGCCUACGCCGGCCGAUUUGGAGAUAUCAACGAAGCAACAGACAACUAUCAAAUCGAGGCCAAGUGGCAGAGCGCCAUGGGCAGCGGACCUCAAGCUGGUGCCAUCAUGGGAGCCAUAUUGAAUGGCUUCGUUAUCCAACGUUUUGGUUAUCGACCAGCCUUUAUGCUGGGCGUCUUGCUGAUGGCGAGCUUUGUCUUUAUUUCUGUGUUUGGCAUGUCCAUCGAACUCCAAGCCGUUGGCCAAACCUUAUGCGGGUAAGAGUUUGCUGGUCCUCGACCCAAAACAAGAUUGUCCCUUCUGACCAUGGCUACUGCAGAAUUCCCUGGGGCAUCUUUGCUACCAUUGGCCCUGCCUACGCUUCCGAGCUCUGCCCUCUUCCGCUGCGGGCGUAUCUCACGGCGUACACCAACAUGUGCUUCGCCACUUGCCAACUCAUCGGCGCUGGUGUCCUCAAAAGCUUCAUCAACCGCCAAGACGACUGGUCCUGGCGCAUCCCCUUUGCUCUGCAAUGGCUCUGGAUACCUAUCCUCGCUGUUGGCUCAUUCUUCAUGCCCGAGUCACCGUGGUACCUAGUAAGAAGCGGCAAGUUUGCAGAGGCUGAGAAAAGCACACUCCGACUUAUGGCGAAACAUGAACAACCGCAGGCGAAACCUCUGGUUGCUCUCCUGAUUCACACCAACGAGACCGAGCGCAACAUGGCCGAGGGCACUUCCUACCUAGAUUGUUUCAAGGGAGUUGAUCUACGGCGCACCGAGAUUGCCUGCGUCUCCUUCCUCGGUCAGAUUACCUGCGGUGCCCAAUUCGCGUAUUCUGCAACAUAUUUCUUUCAGCAGGCGGGCCUGGACUCUGAUCCCGCUUAUAAUCUAAACGUUGGAGGCACAGGCAUCGCCUUUUGUGGCACAAUUGUAUCGUGGAUUUUGAUGCGGCACUUUGGGAGGCGGACUCUGUAUAUGACUGGAAUGUCUGCCAUGAGCGUCUGGCUCCUCGUCAUCGGCUGUUUGGCCAUCGACACCCAUAAUUCCGCAGUGAAGUGGGUUCAGUCUGCGCUGUGCAUCGUCUGGCUCCUGACUUUCUCGCUCACCGUGGGGCCUGUUGGUUGGGCGAUCCCCGCCGAGGUUUCUUCGUACCCGUUUGCGCUCAAAAACUGUCGUUCUAGCGAGAACAGCAUAUUACGUUGCUCAGAUCGUGGCCAACGUUAUCCAACCGUAUAUGAUGAACCCCAACGCUUGGAAUUGGAAGGGUAAGUGCUGCCGUCACUUUUCACUAUUACAUUAUGGCUGAUCCUAGUUGUUAGGCAAGACUGGCUUUUUCUGGUUCGCCUUUGCGUUCCUCACAGUGGUUUGGGCCUUUUUCCGCCAGCCGGAGACCAAGGGCCGAAGCUAUGAAGAGCUCGACAUCAUGUUUGAGGCAAAACUACCGACACGAAGGUUUAAGGAAUAUCGCGUUAACGCGUACGAAGAGGACGGAAAGUAUCGUGUAA